AUGAUUUAAUAGAUUAAAUAAUAUAAUAGAUUAGAAGAAUUUUUAAACUCUUCACUUUAAUCUCAUUAGGUUCUCGAUAUUGAUCUGAGAUAGUAAAUUGGUGAAAUGGGUGCAUCAAGCUUAGGCUCUGCUUUGGAAAAGUGUAUAAAUCUCUCAGAUUUGACACUUUCACUUGCAUAAAAUUAAAUUGAUGCAAUGGGUGCAUAAGUCUUAAGUUCUGCUUUAACAAAGUGCUUUAAUCUCUCAAAUUUGAGACUUGAUAUUUUUAAAAAUUAAAUUGGUGGAAUGGGUGCAUCAAGCUUAGGCUCUGCUUUAGCAAAGUGCAUAAAUCUCUAAAAUUUGACACUUUCGCUUGUUCAAAGUUAAAUUAAUGAUGAAGGUUCAUCAGGCUUAGGUUCUGCUUUAGCUAAAUGCAUUGAUCUCUCAAAUUUGACGAUUAACCUUGAUUCUAAUUAAAUUGGUGCAAUGGGUGCAUCAGGCUUAGGUUCUGGUUUAGCAAAAUGCAAAAAUCUCUCAACUUUGAUUAUUUCUCUUAAUAGCAAUUCAAUUGGUGAUGAAGGUGCAUCAGGCUUAGGUUUUGGUUUAGCAAAGUGCAUUAAUCUCUCAAAUUUGACACUUUCACUUUCUGGCAAUUUAAUUGGUGAUAAAGGUGCAUUAGACUUAGGUUCUGCUUUAUCAAAGUACAUUAAUCUCUCAAAUUUGAUACUUAGACUAAGUUUCAAUUCAAUUGGUGAUGAAGGUGUAUCAGGCUUAGGUUCUGGUUUAGCAAAGUGCAUUAAUCUCUCAAAUUUAACACUUGAGUUUUUUUUCAAUUAAAUUGGUGCAAUGGGUGCAUCUGGCUUAGGUUCAGCUUUAGCAAAGUGCAUUAAUCUCACAAAUUUGACACUUGAUAUUAUGAAUAAUAGUAUUGGUGAUGAGGGAGCCAAACAUUUAGGCAUAGGAAUAGAGUAGUGCAAGAAUAUGAUUUAAGCAAUAAUAGUAUUGGUGAUGAGGGUGUAAAAGAUUUAGGCAUGGAAAUAGCGUAGUGCAAGAAUAUCACAAGUUUGA